AGAAAACAUAAAUACUUCUCAAUUCAAACAUUCAAUUAAAGUGGAAGCAAAGUGGAAGCAAAAUUACAGCACUUUUUUCCAUUUCAAUCGCAAUUCCAAUUACCAUACACAAUAACUCUCUAACAACGCCCAAUUCAUUCCAUAAAAUGGCCUCUACUUCCAAAGAACCCAUCGACUCAUCAACUACUAGAGUUGUUCCCCAGAAUCACUCUUCUUCUGUAUCCCAUAAAAAUAUAAAGUCCCUAUUGUUGAAUGUUUCCUGUCUCUUGAUCUCUUCAUAUGGUUUAAUCUUCAUCACAAAAUUGCAAUUGCCCUCCAACUUGUCCAACGCUGGUCAUAAACAGUUUCUCACAAACAUUUCCUGCGUGCUAACAAUCAUAAACUACUUAUUUGCAAUUGUUUCUCAGUUGCUCAAUUCUCCAUCCUUGUAUUCUUUCAAAAAUAAUUAUGUCCAUUCAAUUGCUUUGAUAUUGGAGUCUAUUGUUUUUAUCAUCUACUGGCCUUUAAAACUUUUUUUCAUCCAUUUAAUUGCUUAUAAAAGAGACGUUGAUCUUACUGAUCUUGGUGAAAUUGAUAUUGAAACCACAAUCCCAGAUGGUGGAUUAAGCUCUCUUCCCUUCUCUAUUGAUUUUUCUAUUCAUUUUGUUCCUUAUGUCUCUUUAUUAAUCGACUAUAUGUUUUUCCUGCCAAAUUUCACAAUCUCAAACUCAAAGGUCUUCUUUAUUACUUUCUCUUUAUCUGUUUCCUAUUGGUUUUGGUUAGACUAUUUAAUUGACCCAUCUAAUGGUGAUUCAUAUCCUUAUCCAUUUUUGAAUUUCAGUACCUCAUCAAGAUUAAUCAUAUUUUUUAUUGUUUCUGUAGUCGCCUUGGGCUCUUUUCUACUUCAUAAAAAAAUUCAUUCACUUAUAGUUGAAAAGAGAUCUCUGUCAAAAUCAUUAUAAUUCCAGAAUUUCAUAAUAUUUUAAAGAUUGCCUAUAGGCUUAUAAAUUAAAUUAUUAAAACAUAAAAUAAUAUCUUCAGAACAGCUAAAGUAUUAUAUAAAU